UUAUCAAUGGUGCUCUGCCGCCAUUCAAUUAGUUCAACAUGGCCGAAGAGUUGUUGGUGGUUUUGAGGAGAAGUGAUUCUUGUGGUCUUGGAUUUUCUUUAUUAGGCACUGCAGGAUUACCUCCGAUUAUAUACGACAUCAUAGAAAACUCUCCAGCAGCGGAAAGUGGAGAGGUCGAAGCUGGAGACGUCAUCUUGAAAGUGAACGAAACAGAUGUCAAUAGAUUUAGUACAAAGGAAGUCUUAAAAUGCCUGAGGUUAUCCACCGACCCGGUAACGUUAAAACUAAAAAGAGAUCCAGUGAUCAAGGAGAGGGUGCGGCACUACCUCUCCUCCCCCCAGCAGCUCCGCGAGGAAGACCUGACUGAGUUCGUGGCGAAGGAGCAGAGCAGGCUCCCGACCCUCCCCGACCUCACCUCGCCCUCGGAUGACAACGCGACCGGCUCGCGCAAUGGCACCUGCUCCGAGCUGGAGGCGCUGCUGCCCCCCGACAGCUUCGAGGAGGUGGACAGGACCCAGUGGGAACCCCUGUCCUCCAACGACAAGUUCUCCCGCCCUCGCCCGCCCCGCUUCGAAGCGUUCAUGAUGACGGGCGAUGUCAUUCUCAACCUGUCUCGCACCCAGCAGAGCUCCGGCCUGCUCCCCAAGCACCAGAAGAAAGUUGACAGUCUAAGGUAUCACCACCAUCAUCACCACUACCACAACCAUCACCACCACCACAACAACUCUGUGCCUACCAGCCCCAAUGAAAUGGAGCUGGGUCAUCGUAAUCACCACCACCACAAACUGCCCAGCGGCACAAACUCAGCUGGCACAUCCCCCGUCGGGCCCAACAAGAGGGACAGUGCUGGGCCGCAGACGUCAGGUGUCCCGUGCUGCCCUUCGGGGACCCAGGCUCCGUUUCCCGGAUUCGUGCGCACGUCUCGUUCCGAGGACCACCUGCAGUUCCAAAAAGACUCGUCCAUAAGUGCCGUCGACAUCGACAUCGACGAAGACGUGACUUCGUCGCUCAACACGCUCCUGGACACGCGGCCGGACAGCGGCGGCAGCAACGACCACGACAAGGACCGCAUCGUGUGGACGUACAACGCCCCCGUCUCCUCCCCCGGUUCCCCCUCGUCGAGCGAAGACACGAGUCCCCGGCGUUCGCUAUCGCCCCAGUCCCCCACGUCCGUGUCGUCUUCGGUCAUGUCGAGCAACUCGAGCUCGCGGGGGGGCCCCGCCCCCUCGGGCCCGCUCGGCGGCCUGCUGCAGCCCAACGGGGAGCUGAGCCAGUCGGAGGCCGUCUCGAACAUCUCCAGCCCCGACUUCCAGGAGGAGGAGACCCUGGACAUCCUGAGCACCCGCGACCUGAUGGAGGUGAGCGACCCCAGCGACAGCGACUCCACCCUCCUGGUCAGCGACAGGGUCCCGGCCCACCCGGCCCACCCCGCGCAGGACGGCGCGGAGCACAGGAUCGUGAUCCAGGUGAAGGGGCCGGACAAAGACUCGCGGCCGCCCGCCAAGCCGCAGAGGCCGGGUAACGGACUGGAGCUCUCGGUGGGAGGAGCCUUGCCCUCGCGGUCGCCUUCCAGUCUCAGUUCGGGGAAUGUCACCCCAGAACUAGUCGGCUACCAGGAGCUGCGGGAGUCGGAGGACGAGCUGACCAUGCUCGGGGACGAGCCGGGCUUCCCGGGGGCCAGGGCGACCUCGGCGACCUCGGCGACCUCCCCGCCCGCGUCGGAGGACGACAGCGACAUCGAGAGCCUGCACAGCUUCCACUACAGCCCCAAGGCGGUGGACAUCCCCUCGGCCGUCCGGCUGGCCAAGAGGCUGUACAUGCUCGACGGCUUCAAGAGGUCUGACGUGUCGCGCCACCUCAGCAAGAAUAAUGACUUCAGCCGAGCUGUGGCUGAGGAGUACCUGAAAUAUUUUAGUUUCGAAAGCAACACGCUCGACGUAGCGCUGCGCAAGUUCCUCAAGCAGUUCAGUCUAGCGGGCGAGACCCAGGAGAGGGAGCGAGUUCUGGUGCACUUCUCGAAGAGGUACCUGGACUGCAACCCCGGCACCUUCAACUCUCAAGAUGCCGUUCACACACUGACGUGUGCGAUCAUGCUGCUCAACACAGACCUGCAUGGCCAAAACUUAGGUCGUAAGAUGACCUGCUCAGAGUUCAUAGAUAAUCUCUGUGAGCUUAAUGACGGAGAAAAUUUUCCUCGAGAGGUACUCAAGUCUCUUUACCAGGCCAUUAAGAAUUACCCUCUGGAGUGGGCAUUAGAUGAAGAAGGUGAUGAAGUUAACACAGCGAGGCAACAGUUGGACGGCCAACACAGUUUGUCGGGCAGUAACCCUUUCCUGGAAAUACCAGAUGCAGCGACUGCAAUAGAGUACAAGAAGGGCUACGUCAUGAGGAAGUGUUGCAUCGAUGGGAAUGGGAAAAAAACGCCCUUCGGCAAGCGAGGGUGGAAGAUGUUCUACUGCACGCUGCGAGACAUGGUGCUGUACUUGCACAAGGACGAGCACGGGUUCCGCAAGUCCGCCCUGUCGGACAACCUCCACAACGCCAUCAGGAUACACCACGCGCUCGCCACCAAGGCCGCAGACUACACCAAGAAGCAGCAUGUGUUCAGGUUACAAACCGCGGACCAAGCGGAGUAUCUCUUCCAGACCAGCGACUCGAAGGAGCUGCAGUCGUGGAUAGACACGAUCAACCUGGUGUGCGCCAGCUUCUCAGCACAGCCCCUCGCGGGUGCGGUGGGCUCCCAGCGCAAGUUCCAGAGGCCGCUGCUUCCCUGCAGCCACACCAAGCUCUCUCUGAGGGAACAGCUUCGUGACCAUGAGGAGAGAGUCCAGAGGCUGGAGACUGAGUUGGAAGACCACCGCAAACAUCCACCCGAGAGAAACGCCAAGUCUCUUGCCGUGCAGAACUACAAGGAGAAAGACGCUUUCUUGCACUUUGAGCUGAAGAGGUACAAGACGUACGCGUACCUGCUGCGGUCCAGGGUCGCCCAGUUCCCGGAGUUGGAUGUCCCGGCGGGCGCGGCGGAGGGCGACGACUGCGUGGUCCCCCCGCCGGUGCCGGACCGCCGCUCCGCCGCCAACAGGGAGAAGAGUGAAGACUAGAUAGCACAAUCGGUCACUGCCUGGGCACCAAGACCGCAAAUCGGACGUUUAGUAUUAGUAUUACGCUUGCCCUGCAUUUCAGUUGCCUGUUUCUGCCUGCCUGCAUCUGUAUGUCAGUACUUGCAAAUGCCAAAGAUGAUUUCUGCAUUUUUGUACUUAAUACUGUUGUAUUUCUUUAGUAAAAAAAAAAUUACGUGACAUUGAGCAAAUGCAUUAGUUUAACGUAAUUCGUUAUGUUUGCUAGUACUGUAAGCUGCUUAGUGUGUAUUUAGUGUGCAUUUAAUAGCAUUUGAAUGUUUGUUCGAUGUAUUUGGCAUUUUUUUUUUACAUCAUAUCCAAAAUUGUAUUUUUUUAGACUGUUUUUUAUGUUUAUUUGCAUGGUUGAAUGUUUUGUAGUUGGUUAUUAGAAUAGGUGUGUCAAAUAAGAAAUUUUAUAUUUUGGUGCCUAUUUAUGUGCAAUCAAGAGAAAAAUUUGUCUUUAUUAUUAAUUUAUUGUACUUAUGUAAAUUUUUAUAUUUGUGUGGCAAUUAAAUGUCACAAUAUAAUACUCAUUGAAACUUUUGUUGAGUUACAGAAAUUUGUCUAUAGUAUCUGUAACAAACAUACCAUAGUUCCCAUUUUUUUUUUAGCAAUGGAGUUUUAAUUGUAUGCCGAUCAGGUUUCUGUUAAUAAUCUGCAGUUUACUAAUUCAAUUAAAUAUGGUUUGAUACCAGAGAGAGAAAAAAAAACUUCAUUUAUAUUGUGCAGUUUUGCUGUUGCUAUGGUGACCUGAAGUUAAUUCAAAAGCAAGUGGAAUACCAGCUGUAUGGAGUACAUUAGACGGGUGUGUCGUAAUAGUUCACUUAUUAGAUUGUGGGUCAGAAUCUGUGUUACAGUAGCUGAUACAUUCCCAUUUAAAUUACAUAUUACACUAACAUAAAUAUCAAAACAAGAAAGUUUUAUCGUCAACAUACGAAGUGUGCAGAUAAUGCUCCUGGGGUACAUAAUCAGCUUGUCAACUUUUAAGUGAACUGAAUUUAUUUAACUUUCAGUUAUUAUAUGUUUCACCAUUAAAUAAUUUUAUUUGUGUGUAGGUAGUGUGACUUGGUUUUGUAUUUUUGUGUGUGCCCCUGUUGUUAAAAAAAAAUACUUUUAAUAUUCAUUGCAUGUUCUCAGUUAAAAAUUUCAAUAUACGUAAUUCUUUAGUUCUUCCUUCUCAAAAAAAUAUUCAAUACUUUUUAUCACAUGUAAUUUUUGCAUUUAUGUUGAAUGUGGAACUUUUUUUCUUCCGGGUAAUAAUUUUUCGGCAUGACAGUUUGGCAAUAUUUUAAUGGAAAUUUAUUGUGAGAAUCUUUAACUACCGAGGCAGUUUCAUCAUGAAUUAGACUAAUUUUUUUUUAAAAACAGUGGGACCAGCUUAUGUAAUAAAUUUUCUGUUUGUGUGUGCAGGUACAAACGUAUGUAAAAUAUUCUUACAUGAGAGUCCUAUUUUAUUGAAAUGUUCAGAAUAAAUGUUCUUGUUUUUAAAAUGUUGUUGCAACUCAACUUUCCACAUUUGUAGUUCAAUAUCCUGUUGCUUCCUGUAUGUUAGAGAGUUUGCAUUGAAAAGUAGGUAGCUUCCUCCUGCUUAUCUUUCUACCUUCUCUUUUCAAAUUUUAGUUUUUCAGUCGCUGUUUGUAACAGAGGUAUUCCUUUAUUUUCAUGUGCUACUGCUCAAUUAUAUAUUUUUUUUUUUUUUUUUUUGUGUGGGGAGGGGUGAUUGUUUUGCAAGGUUGAAUAUGAGAUUUUUGGGUCAUAUAUUUUCUGAUUAAUAUUUUAGAAAAUGUUUUUAAUAUGGAAAUAAUAUUAAGAGAACUUUUUAAGCAAUAGACAAUAUGUAUAUUCAAAUUGAUUUGUUUAUUUAUAUUUGAUAUAAUCUCUGUGGUUUAUUCAAAUAUAACACAUCAAAUUAUAACAGGUUGAAAUUGAAAUGAAAUUUAAAAAGUUCUUCUUUUGAUUAAACUAAUUUUUCAUGCAGUUACCAUAAAUUUAUUUAACUACAUAUCUGGCACGUGAAGAUUUUUCAGAGUGUGGAUACAGAGAGGUUUAUUUAAUUAAUUGAUUUCUCAUACCAGAAAGAUAAAAUCUUAAUGAUACAUCUUAGGUGUCUGUGUGUAUUCAAAAAAUAUUCAAAUUUGUGAAUAAUUUUAUAGUUGAUCCAACAUUUUAAACUAAGAAAAUGCAUAGCCAAGUUUUUUAUUUUCUUAAAUUUUACACCACACUAUUAUGGUUCUACAUUAGUUUAUCUUUUUUUAGUUUUACUGUAUUUAGCAUAUUUUGCAUUAUUUUUUCUUGGAAUUGUGAAAUUUGAAAAGUAAAAAUGUUUCUCUGAAUGUUUAAAUUAGAAUUGAAAAAUUUUCAACAUUCAUGAAUAAUUUAUUUGAUUUUAAUGAAAACAACAGGAAUAACCUAAGCCUAGUAUGUUUGUGUGUUCCUGCAAAUAUGUUGUUGAUUAUACAGUGCUUGGAUGCUUAUGACCUGAUGUGGCCAGGGGAUUCAUUAGUGGAUGUCUUACUGAAGUUAUUGUGCGCCACCGUGUCAAGGGGGCACGGACCCGGGAGAUACUCUACUGUCGAGGUGUGACGUCGCCUGUGUGGGGACGUGACUCGUUUCCCCCGUGCACCUUUGCAAGACCACCGGAACCUGGCUUGCACUCGGCGUCAGGCUUGCUAUAAUAAAUGCCCACGUGGGCUUUUAUGGCAUCUCACACAACGAUAGGCAGUCACAGACUCGCACGUGGUGUCAGGCAAAUAUGAAAGCACACAAGAUAAGCUAAGUUGUUAUACAUUACAAUGCAUUACACGACAUGUUCCUCAUGCAAUAAUUAUGAUUAUAAAAAUUAAGCUGUAAAACGUCUUGCGGCACGGCCGGUUUACCGAGGAUCCAGGCCACCUCGUGGCUGGACUGUAAGUUUGCGUUGGUGACAAAGUUCCAGCAGGCGGAUUCCUACGUAAUUAGAGUAAGCUCCGGGAAUAACUAGCUAAUGUUUUAGAUAGAACAUAAGAACAGAAGUACUAGAGACAGUUAAUACACAGGUUGAAGUCCCCGGAAUGCGGAGAACGUCCUACCUCGGGUGGCGAUGCGAAGCGACUGUGGUGAAUUAUGGCCUCCAAAGUGGUUAGUUAGCACCAUGGUGCCAAGCUGAAAGAAUCGUUAGGCGAUUCAGAGUUGUCCCGCUGAUGUGCGUAAGUUGAAAACAGAUUAAUACCCUCAAAAUUAUAACUACCUAUUUCAGACUGAAAACCCUUUAAAAAUUCACGUAAAACUAUUAUAGCUCCGAUUAAUAAAAUAUAAGAUGGCCUUCAGCAGCCCGGGUCCAUUUCUGGUAAUUUAUAACUUAAAUAUAAUGUCCGGUUGUUUUUUCAGGUUUCAUAAGCAAGUCAUGGGAAAGACUCGAAGGAAACAGUGUUGGAGGUCUCAAAUUUUUAAUUUCCAGCAGCAAUUUGCUAACUGGUAGUAUUUUUUUUUACCAUUCUUUUCAGUUAUAGUGAGUUACAUAUUAAAUAAUUUAAAUAUGGUUUUCUGUCUACUUAAAUCAUGUGGAAACUAUCUUGAAGAAAAAUUUUCUUUCAAAAUUAAAUCUGCACUUUCCUGCGAAUAUUAUAUCUGAUAUGUUUAGGUUGGAUUAUUUUGUAUUAAAAUGACCCUGUGAUAUGAAGAUUUAAAAAAAUAUUACUAAAAUGUCCUAUUGAAGUCCAGGAGCUGGUUGUAUAGGUAUUUGUAGGCACCCUGGUCAUUAGAAAUGGCAACACAAUGAUACGGAUCAUAGCUGUAGGGGCUGUGCCUACAAUACAGAACCAUCCCACAUUUCAGCAUUUCCAUAAUGUUGGGAAACCUUGUAAAACCAACAUGAGGAUGGUCAGACAGCAAUAUAAACCCAGGUCCUCUCAAAUGUCGGUCCAAUGUAUUAACCUCUGCGUCACCUUGCCCCAUCAUUUCAGAAGAAUAUGGUUGGUUGUAUUUGUAUACGUCGCAGGCUUAAGUAAUGGGGAAGCUAUAUAUGUUCAAAAAUUUCAUGCUACGUAAUUAAGUAAAAUCACUUUCAAAAUCACAAUUUUGGUUUGUACUUGAAUUUUGAUUUUCAAUCCAUAAAGACUUUUUCAUAAACUCAUAAUCAAAAAGUCUCAUUAUUUUUGGGUAAAUACUGUAAUUUUAUAGAUUACCAUAACAGGAGCUCAUGACAGUCUGAAGAUCUGGGCUUUUCGCUUGUCUGUAAACAUCUCGGGUUUCCGUAUCACAAAGCUUUUAUCAGGUAGAGUUAACUGGAUUUACUUGGUGCUUGUUUUGUGAUCAGGUUAACUGCAUCAGUUGGCAUGCGUGGUUUUUGAAGGUUGAAAGCCAUUUGAAUGUGCGAGACAGUAGUAUUCUAGAAUGUAAUCAAGGAGUUUUCAAGAGUAUUUUUUAAAUAUUAUAUAUGCUAGAUAAUUAUGAUAUUGAUAAAAAAAUUAAAUGGUUUUUUUAUCUAAUAUACAAACCAGAGUACAGUUUGAAGAUAGCCUGUACUGAAAUGUGGGGCCUCGGCUCUGCAACGGCUGGCAGAGUUGUUCAAUGUUUGUACAUAUUUACGGAGUUUAGGUUUGGAUUAUGGAUUUCAGUUUUUGGUUUAUUUGUGCACUAAACUUAAUUUCAAGGUUUUCAACGAUAACUAAAUAAUGUGUUCGCUGUAUUUUGCAGCAGUGUUUUGGUGACAUCAAAUCAAAAUAUAUAUAAUCGGGGUGUGUAUUUCAAAUAAUAAUAAUAAUAGGAUUUAGCUGUGUUUACAUAUUGGAAGAAAAUACUGGAGAAGUAACCAUUCAUCAUGGUAUUUAUUUCCCAGCAUCAGUAGAAAUUAUUCAUGUUUCUUGUAAGUAAUUUGAUAAGUAUAUUAUAUAUCUGAAACCUCAAAAUCGAGUACCAUUGAAGUUGUUCUGUUGUCUGAACGUUCAGAAAUUAAAUUUCCCCUGCACCAAAAUGGUGCUACCAGAAGCUUUUUGUAUUGUGUGCUAAUGGGUGCGGGGAAGAGAGUGAUUGUGUGGGUUGUGAUUCUGGAAAAUGAAAUUAAAAUAUUUUCUUGAGGCAUUCCAGGCAGUUGUGUACAUAUACGAGUAGAUUAGGGGGAGGGUGCUGUGAAAUUUUCAUUUAUCAAAAAGCGCUAGCUUGUAACAAAACGGUGUUAUUUAUUGCAGUACUUAACAUUGUUAUGGGUGUCAUGUUACAACACACAAUAAAUUGUGAUAUAAAUUUUGACUGAACUUUUUGUUUUUAUUUUAAUUUAUAAAAUAUUUACAACAAAAACACUUAAUGGUUCUUGAUAUUAUGCAUUAAGAUAAAAUAACUUUGGCUUAAAUUACUUCAGCCAAAAAAAAAGUUGUGCUUAUGAUUUGUUUAUAAUAAAUGUGUGUGACGCACAGUCGGUAAAGACUAUGUUCUAUUUGGCUGUUACACAGAAAAUAUCCAUUUAUGGAUAUACAUUAUCGUUCUGAAAAGGCUAUUUCACUUGCCACUUGUCACCUGAGAGUUAAAUUUGGGGAUAACUGCUUAUUAAGUAAACCUAAUACUAAAGUUAAAGAGAAUGAGAUUGUUCUCAACUGUGAAAAAAAAUUAUAUGCAAGGGCUCCGCCUACCUGGGCACACACAGGGUGUACAGAGCUUCAGAGGAAAACAUGUACUAUUUGAAAACUGCUCAAGAUAUCCGAUUGGUGUUCGUGUACGAAAAACAUUUAAGAAUAAGCUGAGGGGGGGAUGAGUAAUCCUAUUUCCGUAUUCUGUUUUUAAAAGUAUUUUUAGAAGAGUGAAAAUGGCUAACACGUGCGUCAACUGAAUAAUUUUUAGGCACGAAACAGCUGAUGCAGUUUCAUGAAAGCAAUUGAGUAACUUGCCUUACACUUUGAUCUUAAUUUCUCUGUCAUGUUAUGUUAUGGUUACCACUUAUAUAUCUUAGUUUUUUUCCCUAUGCACUACGUGAAGACUGCACGCCAGACCACAGAGGCGACACAAUGCUAGAAGCACCAGGGAGGGUCUCUCUUAUCAUCCCACCUCACUAAGGCGGGUCCCUUAAACUUCAGUAGUAAAUACAUUUUUUUUUUAACCAUUUUAGAAUGUCUUUACAAAUAAGGAAUAUGCGAUCACUUCAGUUGUACCUUGGUAGAAACUUAUGUUGUUGAUGUUGCCGCGGAUGUAGUAAAACGGUCACUUGCAGUGUGCGUGAUGAGCAAUUUUGUGACUUAUUGAAAGGAGAGGUUUGGGGUAAUGAAGUUCAGAUGCCUAGGCCGUGUACUUGUUUGGCAGGAAGCGUUGCCACGAUCGAACCAGCGUUUGAAUCGGGACUGCUACAACACUGCCCUGUAACGUUCUGGCGUUACUUUGAGUGUCGGUACAAGUGCAGUUUCGAUCAGAAAUGACUAAUUGUGUUUUGAACUUUGGUAACCAUGGUUUUUUUUCCUGCGACCUUUCCAGUUAAAAGAUAUAAUUUUAAAUAGUUUAGGCUGUGUGAUGAAGUCAUUAGUUCCAAUUAUUUAUUCAUAGUAAUGAGUGUUAUCAUGAAGUCGAAUAAUUUUUUCCUUGCAAGUUUCAUUUUUUUUCCCUCUGUUGUACUGAGAGUAGUAUUUUUUUUUUCUUGGCCAAGUACUCAAGUAGUGUUUCAAUUUAACAAUUUAUAAACAAAAUAUAAUACAUAAUGUUACGUAUUAAUAUCCUGUAAUCUUAAAUUCUGCCUUGUUGACAUUCAUUAUUGGCUGUACUUCUUCAGCAAUGGCGAUUAAAAUCUUUGUGUCACUACUUCAUACAGCAGUGAUAUGUAUUAAUAGUUUGGUAAUCUCCGUUCCCUGGUGUUGAUUUAGCUGUUACAGUAUUAUGUUUUGAAAUCUGCACAAACUAAAUUUCUUUGUUAUUAUCAUUGAUUGUUUUUAAAGUGUUAAAUAGGGAUCUUAAAAUAUAUAUUUAAAAAGCAUAUAUAAAUGUUCAUGUAAAAUGUAUUACCAAUAUGUUUUGCAAAAAAUGUGUGGUAUUAAUUUCUCUUGAUAUAAACUAAAUGUUCUUUAAAAAUUUUCAGAAAAUAUUUGUUGUUACUAUAAACAUAAAAACAAAAUAAAAAUAUUUCUACAAAGAUUUAGAGUCAAGUAUUUUUUGUACACGGUAUCAGUAUGUUAAAGUGUUGCUAUAGUUACAUAAUUACAUGUUUCUAGGACAUGCUGUGUUAGUUUCCUGGUACUGACUCUGUGAACCAAGUGCAGCACACAAAAAUUGUGUGUAACUUUUUCAAAUUCCACUUUGCAGUAUACAAGUCUGUGUUUUUGUAGCACAGUCCAUGUUGCUACCACAUUCAACACAAAAAAUAUGAACAAUGUGUGUCCAUUCUUUUAUUGUCUGCUAAGAGACACAGUUUAUGUUUUCUACAUUCUAAAGAGAGUGAUAAAUCCUUAUAUUGAAGUACACUAGUUUUCAAUACUAUCUUGGACUGUCCUCGUAAGGUUGAGUGAUAUCUUUGUAUCACAGAUGGAAAUGUUUUUGCUUGUGCCAAUGUAAUUUUUCAAAAAUACCUCCUCCUGGAUAACUGUAUUCAAAGUUUCAUGUCAAUCUCAUUAAUGUUUAUUUUGUAUUUGUUAAAUUUAAAAAUGGACCAUGCAUGAAACAUUGUACAUAUAAAUUGUAAGUUAUAAGUUGAAAUAUGGUCUUUUUUGUGUUUCUCAGCAGUGUUAAAAGUAUGUAAAAAAAAAUGGCUAUUAUAAAGAACUGAAUGAAGCGUAUUUCAUAUUCCUAUGGCCAUUAAUCAAGUUUUAAAUAAAGUUUACUGUUUGUUGCAAGUGAAUAGAGAAAACUAUAAUUGGUUGCGUUGUCAUAGUUGAUAAGUGAAGUUUUCCAUAAGUUAUGUUUCAUUAUCUUUUUCAUUAAUUUAUCUGUUCAGCAUACUUGAGUCUUUUACAUGUUUUGCUGAUGAUGUGGAGAUUGAUUAUUUUUUUAUUUUUCAGUACUGUAUUGUGUUGAUUAUUAAGUGAGGUUAGAUUUUCAAUAUUUUCAGUAGUUCCUUGCCACAUGUAUUACAUAAUUACUAAAUAAGCAAUGGUUUUUGUCAGACUGGACUGAUGUGUUUAUUGUUUCGUAUAAGCCUAUAUGAUAAAGUCAUGUAGUAACUACUCCUACAGGCUGUCACUAUUUAUUCUUAAUAAAACAAUGUUAACAAAAA